GAGCGGUUUGGUCGUUAGUCGGAGGAGUUUCAUCCGUUAGUUCGGCGACUGCGGCUCUUCAUUGGGCAUCAGGAGCGGCGCGGCUGUCGGAGAAGCGGCGUAAAACUUUGGCAUUGGGUGAAAGAAAAUGGCCCGAACCAAGCAGACUGCUCGUAAGUCCACGGGUGGCAAAGCGCCCCGCAAACAGUUGGCCACUAAAGCGGCCAGGAAAAGCGCCCCCUCUACCGGCGGGGUGAAAAAACCUCAUCGUUACAGGCCCGGGACCGUUGCGCUUCGAGAAAUCCGUCGUUACCAGAAAUCCACCGAGCUUCUCAUCCGGAAGCUGCCUUUCCAGAGGUUGGUGAGGGAGAUCGCCCAGGAUUUCAAAACCGACCUGAGGUUCCAGAGUGCCGCCAUCGGUGCGCUUCAGGAGGCUAGUGAAGCGUACCUGGUGGGUUUAUUUGAAGAUACUAAUCUGUGUGCCAUCCACGCUAAGAGAGUCACCAUCAUGCCCAAAGACAUCCAGUUGGCUCGCCGGAUACGGGGAGAGAGAGCUUAAGUGAAGGCAGUUUUUAUGGUGUUUUGUAGUAAAUUCUGUAACAUACUUUGGUUUAAUUUGUGAUUUUUUUUGUAAGAAAUUGUUUAUAAUAUGUUGCAUUUGUACUUAAGUCAUUCCAUCUUUCACUCAGGAUGAAUGCGAAAAGUGACUGACUGUUCACAGACCUCAGUGAUGUGAGCGCUGUUGCUCAGGAGUGACAAGUUGCUAAUAUGCAGAAGGGAUGGGUGAUACUUCUUGCUUCUCAUGAUGCAUGUUUCUGUAUGUUAAUGACUUGUUGGGUAGCUAUUAAGGUACUAGAAUUGAUAAAUGUGUACAGGGUCCUUUUGCAAUAAAACUGGUUAUGACUUGAUCCAAGUGUUUAACAAUUGGGGCUGUUAAGUCUGACCAUACAUCACUGUGAUAGAAUGUGGGCUUUUUCAAGGGUGAAGAUACAAGUCUUAACCACAGUGUAACUUACAGUUUCCUUAUUAAAAAAAAAAAAAAAGUAAACCUGGCAGCUAUAGAAUACACUAUGUGCAUUUAUAAUAGCUAUUUUAUAUAUUGUAGUGUCAACAUUUUUAAAUUAAAUGUUUUACAUUCACAUGUGGUGGGGAGUCUUGUCAUUAAGGUGUGUGUAAUAGAGUCCGGUUGGUUUUCUCCGAACUAGACUGCACUUCUUUUUCAUACGUAGUAAAAUGCUUUGCGCAUUAUACCUUGCAUAAGUCCUCAUUCUACCACAUGUUAACUAAUCCUCUAGCUGAUAAUGCA